AAGAAAGGAUUUCUCGCGAGAAUUCUACUCCUCAGCGUGUGUCCUUGCAAAGUCCGAAAUGGGGUACUGGGACCUACCAGAGGGUACGGACUGCAUCGAAAAAACAUGGAUCACUACCAAACUGGGCACAGCCUUAGGCCUGGUUGGUUCCGCCUAUCACAUAGUGGCAUUCCAGCCUGAUUCUGCAUUGGCAGCACUACAGAAGGCUACCAACACAACUGUUACCAUGGCCACCAUGGGAGCCAUCUUUGGCAUGGCAACGUGUCUCAGCGCUCAGGUUCGUGAAGCUCCAAAUGACCCUCUGAAUUACUUCAUUGGGGGCUGUGCAUCUGGGAUCUUCCUGGGAGCCAGAACUCAUAGUGCUAUGACGGGUACGUCAGCGUGUCUGGGUCUGGGAACACUGGCUUUCUUCACAAAAGUUGGCAAGAUGGAGGGAUGGAAGCUAGCUGGACCACCCAAACUAUGAGGAGGAAGAUUGCUGUAAGAUUAACUGUAUGUUGUAAAAAGAGUUAAUGUAAUAAAGUUCUUGUGAAAAUGACAAAAUAAACUCUGAGUCAGUUCGGUUGA